AAGGUUUCAAAAGAAAAAGGAAAAGGAAAAAAAGGGAAUGUUCAAAUCAUACGCUUCGUCUUCCUCUCCCAGUCGGGUUGGUAUCGACGCAGUAUAUGGUAAGUCGGUAACCGAGCGUCUGCAUUUUGCCAUGGAUGAGCCCCCUAUCAGUGCAACCAGUUGCAGCGCCUUCGUUGACGAAACCACCGACAACGACCGCGAAGAAAUCGCGGCGGUUGAUUCAUCUCCGGGGAACUCAACCCGAACGCUUUACGACCCUCUGCCGUGCUCAAAUCGCAAUAGGAGGAAGAAGAAGAAGAAGAAAAGGGUUGUCAUUGAUAACGUCCAAGAACUUCCGUCUUCGUCGUCUUCUUGUUCUUCGCCCGCGAGAUUGUUGCAGAAAGGCGUCAAUUGCAAACGCCGACGCCCCAAGGUUUUAAUUGCUCAUCCGCGCCGUAUCGAUGGCGAUUUUGAAAAUGUGGCGUUUUUAUUGGGAGUGUCAUUCGCAGCUUUUGUUGCUCAGGUGCUUGAGAGGCAGGACAUGUCUGAUGAAAGAAUGCCUGUUGAUCAUCUCUCCGUGAUAUGCACUUCAGCUAUAAGAGAAUCUUUGGUCAAUGUCUUCGGGGACAAGCUUGAUUGGUUUUUAAAGAAAUUCGAGAAGUCAUUUGGCAGUACGUUGAGAACUCUAAGAUCAAUCAGUGAAGCAUCUGCAAGAUAUGGAGUGUAUUCCUCCAGAAAACGCAUGGAAGAAAAUAUCACAGCAGAUCUGACCCCUGAUAGGAAAAGGGAUGUGGCAAGUAGCUCUGGUCCGGAAAAAUGUAUUGUGGAAGAAUAUUCCAGGGCAGAUGCACCUGUUGAUCAAUUAAGUUUAAUUGAAGAUGUAAAGGAAAGCAUUUCUGAUUCAUUUACUCGUGAGUUGCGUUUGUGUAGACUGAGAAAUGAUGUGGUUUCUGUUGCCCAACAGGCAGUUGGUUACCAUAGUAAAGAGAUAGCGGCUAGCACUGUUGAAAGAUCUGUUGUCGAACAGAUACGUGCAAAUGAUCUUAAGACAGUGGAGCUUGACCUUAAAGUGGAGGAAUUAAACUUGAUAAAGACACAGAUUGCAGUCGGUUGUGACUUAAACAAUCUUGAGAGGAGAAAAUUGGCAGUGGACAUGUCAAAAGCCUCUUUUGAGGCUGAUAAGUUCAAGAAUCAGUUAGAAGACACGAGAUAUUCGGAACUGCUUAGAAAGUGCAUAGACUGUCUUGUUGCUGGUUUGUUUAUAAUGUCCGUGGCCCUUGCUUACGGAGCAUAUGUUUACUCAUAUCAAAGAAUUUCUGAAGCUACUGCAAUCUGUACACCUUCAAUCCAGGAUUCCAAAUCUUGGUGGAUGCCAAAUCCAAUGGCAUCUUUGAACUCUGGGUUGCAUAUGUUAAGAUGUCAAGUUCAAGUUGCGAGCCGGAUGGGGUUCGGUGUGAUUAUGAUUCUUGCGAUUGCUUACCUGCUUCUCCAACGCUCAGCAACUUCAAACCAGGCAAUGCCAGUUACUUUCAUCGUCUUGCUGCUCGGAGUUGCCUGCGGUUUUGCUGGAAAGUUGUGCAUAGAUACAUUGGGAGGAAGCGGAUUGCAUUGGCUCAUGAUCUGGGAAACAUUGUGCUUAUUGCACUUAUUUGCGAAUAUUUUUACGUCUGCACUGUUUCUGAUCCUACACGGUCCGAUUGAGGUUUCUCAGAGGAAAAAUUGCCAUGUGAUCUUGCCAUAUUGGUUUCGCCGUGUUGUAUUCUACACCCUUCUGCUUGUAUUUAUGCCAUUGUUGUGUGGGCUGAUUCCAUUUGCAGGUGUUGGUGAAUGGAAAGAUCAUUUUUCUCUUCUGGUAACUGAAAUGAUUGCAGCAGACGGCUACUGAAGUUUUGGGUUUUGCAUUUUGUUCUGUUGUAUAAUCCGAUUUGUAGGAUUAUUUAUUUUGUAUUAGUAUCUACAGGAGCUCCUUUUAGUAUCUACAGGAGCCCCAAAAGGAGAUGGCUUUCGAGUUAAAUUGCUAAUUUAUUGUUAUUAUUAUUAAUGUACGAAUAAUAACGAUAACAACAGUACGUUGAGCCUCUAUUUUUCUUCAUUUCUUUCUUGACUCUCA